UACGCUCUGAGAAACAUGAGUUCAUCACUGCCGUCACCAAUAUGAGCAAUAUGGGAAGGAGAUGGGGGUGGAGCCUCUAAACAACGCAGUCCAUGCAGCUGACACACUUUUAGAUUGAAGUAGUGCUAAUUGUGGCAGGCACUCACAAGAGCAGUGGGGAAAGAGAAACUGACGGCUGUUGGAAGAAUUGUCCUUUCAGCAGGUCUCAGGAUGGAGAUUUGUCCCACCGGGUCAUCUGAUCUGAGCGAGGCUGAAGAGGCUGAAAUAGACACCAUCAAGCGGCACAGGAUGGCACUCCUGGAGGACAUUCAGAAGCUGAAGGUGGAGAUUGCGCAAGUGUUUGCGGAGAUAGAUUGCUUCCAAAGUGCAGAAGAGAGCAAAAUGGUCCAGAGGGACAAAGAUCUGUGCGUGGGCCGGAAGAAAUUCAACAUGGACCCUACAAAGGGGAUCCAGUACUUGACCGAGCACAAGGUGCUGACCUCAGACUUGCGAGAGAUCGCCAGGUUCCUCUACAAGGGAGAAGGCCUGAACAAGACAGCCAUCGGGGAUUACCUGGGAGAGAGGGACCCAGUGAACCUGCAGAUCCUUCAGGCCUUUGUGGAAUGCCACCCGUUCGCCAACCUCAACCUGGUGCAGGCACUAAGACAGUUCCUGUGGAGCUUCCGGCUGCCCGGGGAGGCCCAGAAGAUUGAUCGGAUGAUGGAGGCCUUCGCCAACUGGUACUGCCAGUGUAACCCGGGAGUCUUCCAGUCGACAGAUACGUGCUACGUGCUCUCCUUCUCCGUCAUCAUGCUGAACACCAGCCUGCACAAUCCCAAUGUGAAGGACAAGCCCCCUUUCGAGAGGUUCGUGGCCAUGAACCGAGGCAUCAACAAUGGAGGGGACCUGCCUGAAGAGCUCCUGCGGAAUCUGUUCGAGAGCAUCAAGAAUGAGCCAUUUUCCAUCCCGGAGGAUGAUGGCAAUGACCUCACGCACACUUUCUUCAACCCCAGCCGUGAGGGCUGGCUCCUUAAACUGGGAGGCCGGGUGAAGACCUGGAAGCGCCGUUGGUUCAUUCUGACUGACAACUGCCUGUACUACUUUGAAUACACCACGGAUAAAGAACCUCUGGGGAUCAUCCCCCUGGAGAAUCUAUCGGUUCGGAAAGUGGAAGACCCCAAAAAGCCAAACUGCUUCGAGCUCUUCAAUCCCAACUGCAAGGGGCAGAAGAUCAAAGCCUGCAAGACAGAUGGGGAUGGGAAGGUGGUAGAAGGCAAGCACCAGUCCUACAAGAUCUCGGCAGCCACGCCAGAGGAGCGCAACCUGUGGAUUGAGGCGAUACGGACCAGCAUCACCCAGGAUCCCUUCUAUGACUUGGUCUCAGCCCGUAAGAAAAAGAUCGCCAGCAAAAACUGAGCCAGCUGCCGGCCCACUCGUUGCUGCCCAGAUGAUCUUUAAUCACUGGGCCAUAUCCUCCCCCACUGGGCUCUACCAGCAAAGGACGCUCAGGAGCAGCACCUUCCCCUACCUCCUGACUGGUCAGAAGGUGACUGACAGGCUGACAAGCACCAUUUGGCUCCUCCCUUUCCAAUCCGGGAGUUCAAUUCUGAAGGGGAGUAGGUUGAUGCGGACGUGGAUCUGGAGGCCGGGACAAUGGGCACAGCCUCUCCCGCACUUGAACUGACAGAGGCUCUAUGACAAGACAUAGCCUUAUGUACACCUCACACUGGCCUCCUCACGUUGGACAGGCUGCAGGGGUCUCCAGCCCCCAGACUUGGCCAGGACAGUCCUGCAGACGUCUGGUUUCUCAGACUUCCUCCCCAGCCACUGAGCUGGGCAGCGGGCCUGUGGGCUCUUCUGGGGGAAUCCCAAAGGUUUCCUCCCCCUGGGAUUGUCCACAGGCCAGCAGCAGACUUCAAGAACCAGCUGCAGCUCUUCUACGCAAGUAAACCUGAGAAGUGAGAGGCCUGUGACCAUGAAGAGGUCGUCACUGGGGUUAAGAACCCCAGUGUGAAACCAGAGCCCAAGGGACAUGACCCCGUGCACCGGGGAGCCCUCUCUGCACCAAGUCAUUCCAGGGUCCCCCACACUGUGCCCCUGAAGACAGCAUUAAUAGUUUGGAGUCCCCAAUGUGUAUAUAUGUGUACAUUGACAAUGGGUUGCAGGAAGCCAAGAUGGUUUCGUGGGGACAAGGAGAAAUGGUGUCCUUUGGUACUGUACUGUUGGGCCAGGGUAACCACUUUGCUCUUCUACCUCCCAAGUCUCUCAUACUCAGGGCCUGGCAAACAGGUUUCUGUGAGGGGCUGAGGCUCUGGAGAGAAGCCUUAGUGUGGAUCUUCAGGGUCUUCUCCCAGCCUGCAGCGCUCCCAGGGGUCACUCAGCUGCACCGUUUCAGGCCAGAAGCAGGGAGAGCAGGGAAUGCCCAGCACAUACAGUGCCCUAGGGUUUUGAACUCUGGUCUCUUGUGUAAAAACCCCAAACAAGCCGCAGGGUGGAAUGAUCAUUAAAAGAUAAGAAUUGCA